AUGCCCUUUGCGUUUUCACAACCACCACCCGCUAAUACCGUGCGCACUGAGUUCAUUGCUACCUUUGGUACGCUUCCAACAUCUACUAGUGAUAUGUCGGUAGGAGACGAGAGUAAUGGCACUACAAGUAAAAGUGCAGCACCGAACAUUGUCGCACUGGAUGUCGCUUGUCUUACGGAUGAGAAUGAGCCUGUGCAAAUGCCACACAAACGUCUUGUGCGUCGAGGAGAAGUAAAUUGUCGCUGGCUUUAUAAUCAAGUCCAGGCAUCCCGUGGCAUUAUUCUCAUUGAUACAAGAAGAAGAGAAGAGUAUGAAGAAGACUCCAUUCCAUCUGCAAUCUCGAUUCCACCACCCCUGACCGAUUGUCAUACACUAGAAGACGUCGAGAGUGGAUUACUGGAUGAACAACGGUAUUUGUUCUCAAGUAAGAAGAGAAAACUUCGAGACGUGGUGCUAUUUGGCGAUGCGGUGAAAAAGACGUUAGUGGACGAUGAGAAUGAUACGAAGAAUUGCAGUUGGCUCCGAAAACUCGAGAGAUUUAUCAUUGACGACGGACUUGUGACCAGUGUGAAGCUCUUGUAUGAUGGGUUUCUUACGUUUAAGUACAGGUAUCCGUUCUAUACGACGUCGGCGCUACUGGACAAAAUGUCGGGACAAAUGACGCGAACGAAGAGCGGGACACACAAUCUCAACUACCCGAACGAGAUUCUAGAAGGCUUUUUGUUUCUAGGCAACAUGUGGCACGCUCAGUCCAAGCAGGUUAUGUCCCAUCUAGGUAUUACGCACGUUGUGAACGCUAGUCUGGAUGUGGGGAAUAUGUUUGAGAGCGAUGGUGUGAAAUAUCUGAACGUUACCAUUAAAGACCGACCGGAAGCAGACAUUAGCUCGUACUUUGACACUGCAUACAAGUUUAUUGAGUCAGCGAAGCGCACGCAACAUGGCCGUGUUUUGGUGCAUUGUACGCAGGGCAUUUCACGCUCGGCUACACUUAUUAUCAUGUAUUUAAUGCGCGCGAACAACUGGUCUCUGGUCACGGCCGUAAAUUUUGCGAUGGCUAGUCGCGGUGUCGUGUAUCCGAACCAAGGUUUUGUGAAGUCACUUAUGGUUGAAGAGUUUCGUCUGUACAAGGGCAACAGCAUCACCCCAGACGAGGUUGACACGAUGUUGCAGAACCUGAUACCAGAUCGACCUGUUCCGUUGCAAGUGCACUCGAACAAGACAGAAAACUGCUCGCGUUGUCUCAAGAUGUUUUCACUGCUCGAGUGGAAGCACAAAUGCAGUUACUGCCGCAAGGCAUUUUGUAGCAAGUGCACCAACACACGGCUGGCAAAUCCGGAACGCGAAAAGAGUGCUGCUAGUAAUGGUGUAGUGGAUGAGCAGCGUCCCCGACGGGUGUGUCAGGUUUGUGUGAGCCGAUUGUGGCAGAUUAAUUUGCCGCGAUCGCGAAAGGGUCUUCAAUCGCGUAUGCAACAACGUUGCAAGCACCUGAACGUGAAUAGCUUAUCAACGUUUGGACGCACGGUGUGCAUAUCGUAUUUUGAAGGAAUUGAGCCCCAAGUGAUCAUGGACGUUCUUAAAAUUCGGUUCGGCGUCAAGGAAAAUCAAAUUGUUGACAUUUCGCGUGACGAUGGCGAGCCCAUUCGUUCUGUAGAGGAAAUUGUGGAUUUGCCGGACGAGGCUGAGGUGUUUGUUUCUGUGGGAAAAGCCGGUAACAUUCAAGAGCACAGCCAGCGCGGAUCGAGGCAGCAGGUGCACGGUGUUGUGUCUGCCUCAAAACUCAACAACAGCAACUAUUCACGUUAUCAACAGGAGCGUACGCGCCAACCGUUUCGGCGUGAGCUGCAGUCACCAAGAGACCAAUGUUUCCGGGAGCGCAGCUCAUCCGAGGGCGUUGUUGAUACGCUGCAGCAAAUUGAGACCUGUAGCCGUCACCCAGAUGCACCCCGCACUCGGUCUUUCCAAAUGGACAUGAGUAAUGUUGAAGCAAGCUCGGAAACACCUGUUGAAGACCCUGAGGUUGCAGAGCGCAAAUUCCGUGAGCUAUGGAAGCUGUCGUUCCCUUCAAUGGGUCUCAUCGAGCGCGCUGCAUUACUCCAAAUCAAGAGACCAGAGAUCCUUAUGGACGUGAUGCUUGGUAUGAGCAGUCUCUCUUGUGGCGCGCUCACACUCCAGGAGUUCAGCCAGCGCCUUAUUGAGCUGGGAUAUGCCGACUCAGAUCGCCAGGCCGUGAUUUCUCUUUUGGACACGGCACGCCGCGCCACAAGCCGCUGA